CGGAGAGUCUCCUUCGCCCAUCUGCCUCUCUCCUCAAUCUACAAAUGUAAAGAAGUUGGGCGCUGCUUCUCAAGGCGGUCCAAAAUAAAUAUUGAUUGAAGUAAAUUAGAAAAAAAAAAAAAAAAAAGGAGAGAAAAGAAGAACAGGAAUCGAUAUUGAGAUUUGAGAGCAUGAUUCUAGGGUUUCAAAUUCGAUUGUGGUCAGCAGUUAGGAGCAACCGGUGAAUUUGAUGUCGGAGGGCAAGAAUACGAGAGAAGAUGAUAAUGAGAAAGGGAGUGACAAUAAUCCAUGGGCGCGGUCAAACGGACAGUAUGAGGAAAAAGGCGAAGGCAUGCGACUUUGGGGAAUUUUCCUCUUCAGUUUGAUUGGAGCCACCGUCACCACUUUCGCCGUUGGGCAGUUUCGUAGGACAGCUGGUUGGUUCUAUACUCAGUUUGCUAGGUCACAAUCAUCAAGGAAUGGUGCAACUGGUAGUUCUUUUCGGUCAAGUUUUCAGGAGGAAGCAUGGAAAAGAUAUAAUCGUCGAAUGCAAGAGGAAUAUGAAGAAGAAAUGGAGAGAGUGGAGCGUAUAAAGCGUAUGCAGAGUGUAUUCAACCGAGAGAGGAAUAAAUACAAGAGAAGCUACGAGAGUUGGCGUGAAAAUGGUGAAGGUCCAUAUCAUCAACAUUUCCAGAGGGAUGACUGGUAUUGGAAAACUGAUACAUCCUACAAAUAUCAAAGGGCUAAUUCCAGGGAAAUUCCUAGAGACAGAACCAGUGCAAGUUAUCCACUAUCCCAUCACUAUUUAACUUUGGGUCUUGACAGGACAAGAGCAAAACCAUAUACAGAAGCUGAAAUUAAGAAUGCAUUCAGAGCAAAGGCAAUGGAGUUCCACCCAGACCAGAACCAAGAUAAUAAAGAGGCUGCUGAAGCGAAGUUUAAAGAGGUGAUGACGUCCUAUGAGGCUAUUAAGUUGGAAAGAAAGAACGGGAGUUCAUAAAUGGGAUAUUUGAAAUUUUCAACAGUGUACUUGAUAUUCCUUGGGAAGAAUUUGAAAAUUGAGUGAUUUAUUCUUGUAAUCUUAGGCCGUUUCUAAAGGGGUGAUAGCCAAUUUUGUUAGGCAUACAUAACCGCUCAUGUAUAUCUGAAGCAAGCACCCCCCAGGGGCAUGCAAUUAUGUAAAAUAGUGAAAUAAACAGAUCAUGGUCAAUUCACUGGUCUUACUCACUGAUUAAACACAAUGCAUACUCACAUUUUGGUAA